AUGCUCCUAUCAGGUGUCAACGCCAUAGGUUUCCAACAAGGGUUCCAACGUCCUAGGAAUGAUCCAUUCUCGAAUACUUACAAUCCUGGAUGGAGGGACCACCCUAACUUUCGUUGGAAGGACAAUGACAACGUUCAAAAUGCACCUCAAGGCUUCCAACAACGUCCUCAAGGCUUUUAUCAAAAGCCCCAACCUCCUAACCCUACUCCUUUUAAUUCAAACUUUAAUUCCAAUGCUUCUUCUUCUUCUAAUGAUGAGUUGAUUCGAACCCUAACUAAAUCUACUCAAGCUUUGAUUGCAGGUCAAACUCAUCAUGGGAAUCAAAUCAAUGCUAUAUCUACGGAUGUCAAUGAGAUGAAGAAGCAAAUGAGUCAAGUUGUGGAGUUUAUGGGUAAGUUUCAUGAGCAAGGAAAGCUACCAAGUGGUACCAUCCCAAAUCCUCACUUUGAGCAAGCCCAAUUCGUCACUACAAGGAGUGGUAAGACCCUUGUAGAUCCUCCAAAGCCUCCCAAGAAGGUCUCAACGUCCAUAAUAGAGGAGGAGGAGGACCCUGCAACGUCCAAGGCUCAAUUGACGUCUCCACCUUCCAAUGAAAAACCGAAUACUCAAGGACAUGUUUCUAACUCUUUCAAUUCGGUUAUUGCUAAUCCAUCUUCUUCUCCUUUGCCUUUCCCAAGCAGAUAUGCUAAGUCCAAGAAGGAUGAGGCCGAAAAGGCCAUCUUGGAAACUUUUAAGAAUGUGCAAAUCAACAUCCCUCUCCUUGAGGCCAUCAAGCAAAUUCCUAAGUAUGCCAAGUUUUUGAAGGAACUUUGCACCACAAGGAGACAAAACCGUGAGAAGGAAGUGGUGAAGGUAAGUGAGAAUGUCUCAGCUGUACUUCAACGCAGAAUGCCUCAAAAGUGUAAGGAUCCAGGGAGUUUUUCUAUCCCUUGUGUCAUUGGAACAAGUAGAUUCGAAAAUGCCAUGCUAGACUUAGGGGCGUCUAUAAAUGUCAUGCCUUAUUCUGUUUAUGAAACUCUAGGUCUAGGUGAGCUUAAGCAUGAUAAUGUUAUUAUUCAGUUGGCAGAUCGAUCUAAUGCAUACCCAAAGGGGUUAGUUGAGGAUGUACUUGUGCAGGUUGGUGAGCUAAUCUUUCCAGCUGACUUCUAUGUCCUAGAGAUGGAGGAGUCCCCAAAAAGUGGAACGCCAUUGUUGCUAGGCCGCCCCUUCAUGAGGACGGCUAGGACAAAAAUUGAUGUCUAUUCUGGCUCAUUAACAAUGGAGUUCGAUGGCGAAAUUAUUGGCUUCAACAUUUUUGAAGCAAUGAGGUAUCCUUUGGUUGAUUUUUCAUCAUGUUUUUCUAUUGAUAUACUUGAUGAACUUGCGCAGAAAUUCAUGGAGAUGAUGAAUGAGGAUACUUUGGUUUCAACCAUUGCCAAUGGCGUUGGAAUAAUAAAGGAUGACACUACCAACCCUAAGGAGGAGCUCACGGCCAUUCAUAGUGAUUCCAUAAUGGAACAUGUUGCUUUUCUUGAAGCAACACCAUUCGAGCUAGGUAAUGUUUCUUCUGUGUUUAUUUCUCCCUCUACUAAUAAACCUUUACCUUCAGUGAUUCAGGCACCUACCUUGGAACUUAAGCAAUUACCGGAUCACUUGAAGUAUGCUUACUUGGGGGAAAACGAAACAUUACCUGUCAUCAUUUCAUCAUCCCUGACGUCACCUCAAGAGGGUAGAUUAGUGGAGAUGCUUAAGCAACACAAGACUGCAAUUGGUUGGACUUUAGCGGAUAUCAGAGGAAUUAGCCCUACCACUUGUGUGCAUCGGAUUUUGCUUGAGGAGGGAGCCAAGCCAACUAGGGAGGCUCAAAGACGUUUGAACCCACCUAUGAUGGAAGUUGUGAAGAAGGAAGUCAUCAAGCUUCUUGAUUGUGGCGUCAUUUACCCUAUCUCAGACUCCAAAUGGGUUUCACCAGUUCAAGUUGUGCCAAAGAAGUCUGGGAUAACUGUUGUGAAGAAUGCAGAGAAUGAGUUAGUGCCUCAGAGGACUGUGACUGGACAUAGAGUUUGCAUAGACUAUAGGAAGCUCAACGCCACCACUAGGAAGGAUCACUUCCCUUUGCCAUUUAUUGAUCAAAUGCUUGAGCGGUUAGCUGGUCAUGAGUUCUAUUGA